AUGCAAUGUCCGUCCAGCCCAUCAACCUUCAAUCCCCCCGACCAUCCCAUCGCCCUCUGCCGCACUCACCUCCUCUCACCCGCGCCGGACCGCCUCACCAACACCCCCACAACCCUAUGGAUCACGCGCGAUAAUACCCUCUCCGGGCGUGACUUCACCGUGACGCAACUACGUAAAGAUGAACCGGUCGGCAGCCCCCGGCGCAACCCCCUGCUAUAUACCGUGACUGGCAAGUUCUGGAGUAACUCGUUCCAGCGCGAGAUCCGCGAUGCGUCUCGACGACCGAUACUCGAAGUUACGCCGGAUCUGGUGGAAGGGCCAGUGGUCGAUAUGCGAUGGGCGAUUGGGACGAAGAUGGGAAUACGAUUUACGAAUGCACUUGUUGGGAGGUUGGAUGGCGUUUUGACACGGAGUCGGAACGUACGGAACGAGGAGGAUAUGGAGAGUGAGGCCCCGCCGCCGUAUACGCCGCCACCGUACAGUGAAGUGUUGGCGGAGGCUAGUAGGCAUCACUCGGGAAGUGGAAAUGGGAGUGGAAAUGGAAGUGGAGGAGAGAGUGAUAGUUCGGACAGUUCGGCCACCAAGGCAAGACGACACAAUUUUGAGCCGCCGACCUACGACUCGGUUCGGCGAUCGAGUCGAUCGAGUCAUUCGUUGCGAGAUCUGCUCGACGCAAUCGAACCGCCGAGAGAACCGGCGCCGGCGCCACUAUCACAUCAGAGGCGGUGGUCGGAAGGGGGCAUCAAUCCGAACGUGGAGCUGAGCGUGGUCCAGCAGACCUCUCGAUCUGCGAUCGUGACGAUGGGGGAGAGGAGGAUUAUGCAGAUCCGGCGCGAUAAGGUGAUGGACUAUAACUUGUCCGGGUCGACGCCGAAGUGGGAAGUUGAGAUUGCGGAAGGAGUGGAUUUGGUACUGGCUGUGAUCAUCGUAUUGAUCAUGGCCGAAUUUGUACGGCACGAGUAUCGUGUUCGGGUGAUUUGA